AUGGCCUUUAUGCCCAACGUCCGAAACAAGAUUGCGACCAGCGGCGUCAGGUUCCAGAGACACUACUGCACCAGCACGUUUUGCUGUCCCUCGCGUGUGAGCCUGCUGACAGGCAAAUGCGUCCACAACACCAACGUCACCGAAGUCUCGCCACCGCAUGGAGCAUAUGACAAAUUUGUCCGACAGGGUCUCAACGAUGACUACCUGCCGCUCUGGCUGCAGGACGCGGGCAUCAACACCUACUAUGUCGGCAAGCUGAUGGACGGCCUCACCAUCGAUAACUAUCGAAGCCCGCCGCCGCGAGGCUGGACCGGCAGCCACUUCCUUCUGGACCCGGGUGCGUACGACUACCUCAACUCGACCUGGACGCUUGACAACCACGAUUGGGUCUCCCACUCCGGCGUCAACGCCAUCGACGCCACGACCAAACACUCGCUGGACAUGCUGCAUCGCGCCAUCGACGACGGUAAGCCGUUCUUCAUGGUCGUGGCCCCGACGACCCCGCACAUCGGCAUCAACGCCAGCAACAACCGCCACAGCUACCACCCGAUCCCGCCCGCCAGGUGGAAAGACGCCUUCGCCGACAGGUUCGUACCCCGAACGCCCAACUGGAACAGCAAGAACCACCAGAGCGGUGCAUCGUGGCUUCGUAACUUACCCCGGCUAAACGACUCCGCCGUAGCGGACCUCGAUGAGCUGUACCGCGCGCGGGCCCGUUGUAUCGCCGGCGUGGACGACAUGGUGGACGAUCUGCUGUCUGUUCUUGAGGAGGCAGGCAUCACCAACAAGACACACAUCGUGUUCACGACCGACAACGGCUACCACAUGGGUCAGCACAGGCUGGGCCCGGGCAAGAAGCAGGGCUUCGAGACGGACAUUAACAUCCCCUUGGUAUGGCGCGGGCCAGGCGUGCCUGAAGGCCGGCUCAUCGACGCCGUGUCCACGCACACGGACAUGGCGCCCACGUUCCUCGCGCUUUUCGGCCUGCCGCUCCGCACGAACCUCGACGGACGGGUCAUACCGGCCGUCGUGCCGGGCGCCAACCCGCAAAGCAAGCCCAGCGAGCACCUCAACGUGGAGCUCUGGGGCGGCGGCCAUCCCUACGAGCUAGGCCCGUACGCGAGCCUCAACAGCGAAAUCCCCGGCGUGGCCAACAACACGUACAAGGCGCUACGUAUCGUCGGUGACAAGUACAGCCUGUACUACUCUGUGUGGUGCACCAACGAGCACGAGCUGUACGACAUGGUCGCCGACGAGCACCAGACGACGAACCUGCUGCCUCACACGUUUAACAUUCUCGACGCCACCAACAUGAACACGACUUCACGAAGGUCUCUAUUUGGGCGAUCGCUGUACCCCGUCGUGCAGCGCCUCGACGCGCUGCUCAUGGUGCUCAAGGCGUGCGUCGGCGAGCAGUGCACCCAUCCCUGGCGGCAGCUGCAUCCGCGGGGCGACAUCGAGACACUGGAGCAAGCCAUGGAUGGCGAGUUCGAUUUGUUCUACGAGGCGCAGCCCAAGAUUUCCUUUGCGGCCUGCGAGGCGGCGUACCUGCCGGAGGUCGAGGGGCCUCAGGAGGUAAUCCAUUAA